CCCCCGCGCCCGCCCGCAAACCCCUCCCCCUGUCCCGGCGCCCCCUCCUCAGGAGCCGGGGGUCCCCGUCACUUUCGCACGGCCCCGGUCCCCGCCGAUGCCGGCCAUGGUGGAGAAGGGCCCCGAGGUGUCAGGGAAGCGCAGAGGGAGGAACAACGCGGCCAGCGCGGCCGCUUCGUCCGCCGCCUCGGCCGCCGCCGCCGCCGCCUCGGCCGCCUCCGCCUCGGCCGCCUCAGCCACCGCCUCGGCCGCCUCGGCCGCCGCCGCCUCCUCCACCGCCUCGGCCGCCGCAGCCGCCGCCGCCCCCAGUAAUGGGCAGAAUAAAAGUUUGGCGGCGGCGGCGCCCAAUGGCAACAGCAGCAGCAACUCCUGGGAGGAAGGCAGCUCGGGCUCGUCCAGCGACGAGGAGCACGGUGGCGGCGGCAUGCGGGUGGGACCCCAGUACCAGGCGGCGGUGCCCGACUUCGACCCCGCCAAAUUAGCAAGACGCAGUCAAGAACGAGACAAUCUUGGCAUGCUGGUCUGGUCACCUAAUCAGAAUCUAUCAGAAGCAAAACUGGACGAAUACAUCGCCAUCGCUAAAGAGAAGCAUGGGUACAACAUGGAGCAGGCUCUUGGGAUGCUCUUUUGGCAUAAGCAUAAUAUUGAAAAAUCAUUGGCUGAUUUGCCCAACUUUACCCCCUUCCCAGAUGAGUGGACUGUGGAGGAUAAAGUCUUGUUUGAGCAAGCCUUUAGUUUUCAUGGGAAGACUUUUCAUAGAAUCCAACAGAUGCUUCCUGAUAAGUCUAUAGCAAGUCUGGUGAAAUUUUACUACUCGUGGAAGAAGACACGGACUAAGACCAGCGUGAUGGAUCGCCACGCUCGCAAACAGAAGCGCGAGCGGGAGGAAAGCGAGGAUGAAUUAGAGGAAGCAAAUGGAAAUAACCCCAUGGACCUCGAGAUUGAUCAGAAUAAGGAGAGCAGAAAGGAGGUGCCCCCUACUGAGACGGCUCCUCAGAUCAAGAAAGAAAAACAUAGUACUCAAGCUAAAAAUAGAGCAAAAAGGAAACCUCCAAAAGGAAUGUUUCUUUCUCAAGAAGAUGUGGAGGCUGUGUCUGCCAAUGCCACUGCUGCUACCACGGUGCUGAGACAGCUGGACAUGGAAUUGGUCUCAAUCAAGCGACAGAUUCAGAAUAUUAAACAGACAAACAGUGCUCUCAAAGAAAAACUUGACGGUGGAAUAGAACCGUAUCGACUUCCAGAGGUCAUUCAGAAAAGUAACGCGCGCUGGACCACAGAGGAGCAGCUUCUCGCCGUGCAAGCCAUCAGGAAAUAUGGCCGCGAUUUUCAGGCCAUCUCAGAUGUCAUUGGGAACAAAUCAGUGGUACAAGUGAAAAACUUUUUUGUAAAUUAUCGACGUCGCUUCAACAUAGAUGAAGUUUUACAAGAAUGGGAGGCCGAGCAUGGGAAAGAAGAGACCAAUGGGCCGAGCAACCAGAAACCUGCCAGGAGUCCGGAUAGUUCGAUCAAGGUUUCCGAAGAGGAUGAUGAGGCCGCGUCCGUUCUUGACGUCAGAUAUGCAUCUGCCUCCUGAGGGACGCAGGCAACUUCCGCACUCGGUAUGGACCACUGUGUCACCCAGGAUAUCAGGUGUUACACGGCAUCACCUGGCCGUCCGCAUCGCAUCUCUGUGGACAACAGCUAUUACCAAAAAAGGCAUACACUUCCGGUCCUCGCUACAUCUGCCUUAAUUCUUUGCUCGUUCCUCCAUGUCGGCACCACUUCCCAGAGAGCUCCAUGCGCCUCUCGCUCUGCGUGCGUGCGGGGGAUCGCAUGGCCCGCACGCGCCCUGAGUCGGGACCGCCGCCCCGGGCGGAGCGCCAGAGCCCACCGAUGGCAGCUCUUCCUGCCGGCAGCUCCAGAACAGGCAGCCGACUCAAAAGGCACGAUGCUGUCCCUGCAUGGCCUGCGGUUUCUCCUUGUGCAUAACGCCCUUUCCAGAGGGGCUGUGGCCCUGUUGGCCUCCUAGAAAGUUUCCCUUGUUCUUUUCUGAGGCGUCCACCUGAAUGAGAUCAUGCUUUUUUGGAAAUCACAGUGUAUUGGCAGACUGCGUUAUAACCUUUAUUGUGCCAAACAUCCUGAUUCAACUCUCAUUUCCCUGACAGUAGGGUAUAAUUAUGGUUUAUAAAUCGAGUUCGCUUAAACCUCUCCCUUCUCCCUUCCCAGUUGGUAGAAAGCUGAUUUGCAGCAGCUCUCUUUGGACACACAGCUAAAAAGGAACGUGGACCUCAACACUUUCUGCCUUCUGCUCCCAGCAUUGUGGCCCCAGACGGGCGCCGCCCCUCGCCCCCGCCUCCCCGCCUCUGCCACCCGACUCCAAGAGAUUUGGUCCGUACCACUGUACCUGGUGCUUGUAUAUUGGAAUUGGUGCCUUCUCCUUUUGGCAACCACGUUAUCCAUCCUGUUUCUGUUUCAGUGUCUUAUUUCUUCUUUAACGUUUACUGCUUGCCAAAGACAUCGCUGAGAUCGGGGGAUGGGGGAACUUGCUGCAGAUUCUGACGGUGCAGAUUUUAAAUGUCAGGUUCACGUGACAAAAGGUAGUAGACUAGCUGGUGAGGGUUUUAUGAAAGUACACAUGGGCCCCAUCCUCUUGCAUGCCUGGCCUUUUACUCGUCACUCCACAAACCCUUUGGUCCUUCGUGUGCCGAUGUGACCACAAACACCGCCCUCUCUUCACAGUACAGUACGAGCCAGAGGAGUGAGCACUUUGUCGGUUCUAGUGAGUGCAAGGUGAAAAGGGAUGGUCUGCAGCAUGGCAUGUGCUGCCUUUUGGUUGGACUGGGAACAAGGGGAAUGUCUCCUCAGUGCCCCAAGACUUCCAGGAUCACUUCUCUCUCAGCAGGCGUGGACCUG